AUGCUCUCCAGAAGAGUACUCUCGAAGAAGGAAGAGUCAGAAGCCACGGACGCGGAAGUCACAAAGGAAGACCAAGACAAGAUCAACAGGUUUUCGAAACUGCAUAAUCGGAGUAAACUCCUUGAGGAGCAAUUGGCUGCAAAGCAGAAAGACAAAGAAGACCUCGAAGAACUCUCCACCGAACUCGAACUCGCCGAUGAAGAUGAAUUGAUUCCCUAUAAGAUCGGAGAAUCGUUCAUGCAUGUCCCCUUGCCUGAGGCGCAAGAACUGCUCGCUUCGGCGAUGACAGAGCUGGACGAGGAGGUCUCGACGGUGGAGGACGAGUUGAGCACGAUCCGUGACGAGAUCAAGACUUUGAAGGCGCACUUGUAUGCCAGGUUUGGGAAGGGCAUUAAUCUGGAGGCCUGA